AACGCACGAGUGGACUGCCGUGACGCCUGCUGCUGCUGCUGCUGCUGCUGCAUCAUCAGUUGCCGGCGGUCCUUGGGCUGAUUGCCCGCGCCGCAUCAGCUUGCUGCUCGAGACGUCUCCGAGACGCGAGGCAGAGAUCCUUUAUUUCCUCGGAUGCUCGAGCCUAGGAAGCGCCGGCGCCCGUUUUCAGGCCGAGCGGGUCCUUCUUCUACGAGGUGCAAGGGCAGAGAGGCAGAGCAGCAGACAAGCAAGGACACACAGCAAGCGCGUGCGGAGCUGGCUGGGCACCUGGGCCGGUGGUAAUUAUGCGAGACAACAAAAAAGAUGGCAGAAACGGGCGGAUCGUACUUUUGGCAACGGCCGUGACAGGGGCCUGGGGGCUGGCACUCCAGUGGUCAGUCAGUGGCGGACCCAGCAAACCUUGGAAGCCCGGGGGGCGUCACUCAGCCAAGGUUAUUCGACAGCCAGGCACGACACAAAGAGCCGCCGCUCCGUGGUGGCAGAUUGGACCCAGCUUCGGAUUAAUUUGGUGAUGGGGCUCUGGCCUCGAUGGGCGGGGAGGCUGCCUUCUGUCCAGGUCAACCUUGGAGCGGCGGCCCUGUCCUCGUCAAGGUGCACAAGGCAUGGCUAGUGUACUUUGACUGGUUGCGGCUUCACUAGGCUGUCGAUAUAGGGUUCCGGCCGAAUGUUGAGAUGAUUGCUGCCAGCCCAGACAGAGUAGUUGACACUAGACUAAGACACACUACAUACUG